GAUCCCCGCUUCGUUCUCGCCGGAAUCUCGUUGACGGGUGCUGGUGGUCGAUCGAAAACAAGAGCGAAUCGUGAACUCAGUGGGUUUCGGCAAGGAUUCGGAACGAAUUGAACCGAGUCCAGGAUGUUGAUUAAAGUGAAAACGCUGACCGGCAAGGAGAUUGAGAUCGACAUCGAACCCACGGACAAAGUGGAGCGAAUCAAGGAACGCGUUGAAGAAAAAGAGGGUAUCCCACCGGCACAGCAGAGACUCAUCUUCUCGGGAAAACAGAUGAACGACGAUAAAACCGCCAGCGACUACAAGGUGACUGGUGGAUCCGUGCUCCAUCUGGUUCUGGCGCUCCGGGGAGGAGACGUCGUUAGUCGUUCUGUAUAGACGAAUCCAUGAAUCGCUGUGGAGGUUAUAAUUAUUGCUAUUAUUUAAGAAAAUCUACGAAGUCUGCGUUCUGUUACUUCCGAAGAGACCUACCGAGUCCGUUGAUUUCUCUUCCCAAUGUAAACAGUUCCAAAUAAAGAAGUCAUCGACUCGAAAUGAUUUUUGGAA